AUGUCUGAGGAGUUCUCUCUUCUCGACCACUUGGCGGUGUCGGUCCCGGAGCCCGCCCUCACCGCGGCGGAGAGGCCCCAACAAUAUCGAGUGCUCGCACCCACACGGCGGGCGGCGGAGGGGCCGCAGCGGCGUCAACUCCCAAAGGCGCCAUUCGCCGAUUUCACCGGUGAAGUACUGACCGUCAAGGGGAAGAAUGAGGCAGCAGAUACAGAGUACAUUAUAUAUAAUUCAAGGAUCCCGUCCAUUCAGGCUGUAAAUAUGCAAUUAAUAGAGGAAAAACGAAAAAGGCAUGUAGAAGGAAAUAUCUGUGAUAAAUCUCCUAAUAUUGCGUUUUUUAAAUCACGUGAACGCGAGUAUGCAUUACGACGUCGACGUUUAUUAGAAAAUCUUCAAAGGAUUAAUAUGGAACAGGCUCAACGUAAAAUGGAGGAAAGACAACGCGAACGAGAGAAACGUCUGGGACGCCCAAUCAUGAAGUUAAAAGUUAACUCAGAAGAACCCAAUAGAGAAGUAGUAACUACAAUUACAAGAAAUAAUAAAAGUGAAUCUGAAGCUAUACAAUCUAACGUUUUGGUGGAAACAGAUGGUAAAAAGGAUCUAGAUACGGAAUCUGAAUUUAAAGGCCGAAAUGAACUUGUUUGUUCGGCUUUUCCAUGGGAUAAUGAGUCUCAGAGGGAGAAUAACAGACGAGCAGAGUCUUUAGCUAUAAUGGAAACCAACCGUAAGCUUGCUGAGGAUGCCAAAAAAGAGCAAGAAAUGAAAAAAAUGAAAGAAAUAUCUAUGGAGUUGGCAGCAUUAGAAGAAAAUAGAGCAAAAAUAGAAGAAGAAAAUGCACGUUUACAAGAGAAAAAACGAGCACUACAGCGUAUUCAGAGGAGUUGUAGCUUUAAUACACAUAAAGAAAAUGCCACUACUAGAGUAAAGGACUCGGAUACUUUCUGGGAUUGGUUUCCACGUCCUAAAACCGCAGAUGAGAAUAGAACACGAGAAAAAGAACGAAAAAUAAUGGAGACAAAUAGAAAGAUGGCAGACGAAGCCAAGAGAAGGCGAAUAGAAGAGGAAGAACUUAGAAUACAAAGUGAACGGAAUGAGUUACGAGAAGCUGAAGAGUUAUAUCAAAAACAAAAAGAGCGUAAAAUUAUAGAGAAACGUAAAAAGCAAGAACAAUUUUCCAAAGAUGUUCUUAAUUCCAUAUUGGAACGUGAAGUUAGAAGGCAUGCACUAAUGGAUGAGACACGGCGUGAAGAUGUCUUUUUUCGUGAUAUCGGUUCUAAAUAUACAAAGGGACGACAAGAGAAGGAACAACAUUAUUACGAUUGCUUGAAAAAGGAUAUGGAGUCUGCACGUGAGGCACGACUUGAGGCAAGAGAACGAGAGUUAGAAUAUGAAAAACGUCUUCUUCAAGAAUCUGAGAAGAAAGCACAACUUGAUAGAGAAAAAAAGCAGAAAAGGGCUAAACAAAGACGAGAAUUCUACAUGAGAGCAUUAGAAGAACAAAUUAAUGCAAAAGAGACAAAAAAUUUACUCCGUCACAUACCUCCACCACACUCUGGACCAGAGAGAAAAGUACUGUACCGAUGUCCAGUAACAGGGGAAUUGCUACCUCCAGAGCAGUUUGGUAUUCCUUUAUCACAACUUCAAAGUUUCCGCCGACGUUUCCAGUGA